AUGGUCCUUCCCGAUAAGAGCUCGGGGCCCAAAACGGUAUUCGGGAAACGGCCCCAGAGUCUCCCCUCCCCGGCCCUGUGCUGCGCCUGUGGCCUGUGCAUUAUGCUGGCGGGCAUCAACAUCACCCUGGUGGGGGCCUUUGCUUUCAAGUCCUUCAUCCCCACCAGCAACCCACCCAUCAUCAUCGGGCCCCUCCUCCUACUGGUGGCCCUGUCCUUUUUUGGGGCGUGCUGUGUGUGUGGGCGGCGGCCACCAAUCCACAAUGCCGGCAAGGCCAAGGGGGACGAGAGCUGGGGUCGGACGCGGAUAGGGGCCGGCGUCACAUUUGAGAUGGAGACGAGCGAGCACACGCUGCAGGACACAACUGCUGUGCAGCUCAGUCCCACCAACUCUCAGAGCUCCUCCCACAAGUCUAGUAACUCCGCCCAUGGGGAUACCCCUGCAGUAGGGGCCUGUGAGGAUGACCCCGCCCCCAGGGCCUGUGAUCUCGCCAGCUCAGAGGCCUAUGAUAUAGAUGUGAGACCUGAUGACCAGCUCUUGACCUCUGAGGACCAGAUCUUGACCUCUGAGGACCAGCUCUUGACCUCUGAGGACCAGCUCUUGACCUCUGAGGACCAACUUUUGACCUCUGAGGACCAGGCAUUGACUGCUGAUAUUGAAGAUAAGGGGAGCAUCCAGAUGACGGCACUAUACAAGCCUUGCCCAACGUAG